UGUCAAAGACCUCUUCUUUGUCCAAGCCUGGACCAAGAUGGUCCACCACCAUCAUUCAAUCGAGGAAACAUACAUAUUCCCUGAGAUUGAGAAGUUCAGCGGGCGGCCGGGCUUCAUGGAUGACCCGAAACAUCAGCACGAGGAGUUUCAUGACGGCAUUGAGAAGCUGGUCACGUAUACUACCACCACACAGCCUGAUAACUACAGAUGAGAGGGCCCC